AUGGUUGGCCACAUGUCAGGAAAGGACGUGGAUGUGUCCCGAUCCCGGAGGGACCCAUCGAUCGCGCACCGAGGUCAAUUCAACUCGAAUUCGGUGCCAAGGAACGCAAGAGCCCUGGCAGAAGCGAGCCGGGCCACUGGAACCGGUAGAGCGGUUGGUUGCUCUGCAAGUGUCCCGCCGCCCUCGGCUUCCCUUCCCGGGCCGGGACCCCGAGGAGCGUCCCCGCCGCCCGAGAGUGCGACUCUCAGCACUUUCUGCUGCCGCCACGGGGCGUGGCUCGGUGUGACGGCGCGGCGCGGCGCGGAGCGCAGCUUCCUGCGUGGGAGGGAGGUGGCGGGGAAGUUGUUCCUGUCCCAGAUUCCCGCCACAUUUUUAAGUUUCAAUUCCAGCGGCAGGUGCUCCUUCUUCUUCUUCCCGAUGCCUUUGCCUGACAUCGAGCCCGCUUUCGGGGAGCCCAGCGCGCCACGCAGGGCCCCUGCGCGCGGCCAGGGAGCGCCGCGGACGGCUUCCAAGGCCAGAGCCGCGGCCCCGAAGGGCUCAGCUAAGAAGCGCGCCCCGACAGCGUCCGGGAAGUCCCCGGCCAACCCCGAAGCUGCCGAGGCAGGAGCAGCCGCCGGGGCGUCGAGGACCCUGCGGAGGGGCCGCGGCUCGCGCCCCGAGAAGGAUGGGCCCCCGGGAAGCUCGCGGGGCGCCCGCGCCCCGAAGGCUCCCGCGUGCGCUGGGGAUGCCCAGACCGACGGGCAGGCCGGGCCCGCCGAAGCCCAGGAGCCGCCAGAGGCCAGGCCGCGGGCUCGCCGCUCGGUGCGGGAGCCGAGAGCCCCCGCGCGCCCCGCCGACGGCCCGGGGCCCGACCCCCGCCCCCGCGGCUGGAAGGCGCGCGCUGUGCUGGACCUGCUGCGGCUGAGAAGCCGGCAGGUAUGGGAGGCGGCUGACGCCGUGAAUCGGGUGGUGCAGCGCGUGCUGCGGGGGCUGCGGGGCCGCGAGUCGCCCUUCAAGGGGGUCGAGCUGCUCAACGCCGGGAGCUACUACGAGCGCGUGAAGGUUUCUGUUCCUAAUGAAUUUGAUGUUAUGUUCAAACUGGAGGUCCCCAGAAUUGAACUUGUAAAAUAUGAGAAGAGUGCUGCUUUUUGCUUUGUGAAGUUCAAGAGAAAUCCCAAAGGAAAUCCCUUGAAGGACUUUUUAGAAGAUGACUAUUUAUCAGCUUCUAUGAUGCUAUCCAAAUUUCGGGAAAUCAUUAAGGAAGAAAUUUUAAAUAUCGAUGACGUCACUAUGGAAGAGGAGAAAAUCGGGAGCCCUGCUGUAACACUUCUUAUUUCAAAACCUCAAACUAUAUCUGUGGAUAUAAUCCUGGCACUGGAAUUAAAAAGCAGCUGGCCUGAAAGCACCCAGGAAGGUCUACCGAUUCAUCAGUGGCUGGGGCGAAAAGUUCGGACAGACCUCAGAAAAAAACCGUAUUACCUGGUAGCUAAGCCUGCAAAAGAGGGAGAUCAUUAUCAAGAAAAAACAUGGCGGCUGUCCUUCUCUCACAUUGAAAAGAAAAUAUUGAGCAAUCAUGGGGAGUCUAAGACCUGCUGUGAAAAGGAACGAGAGAAAUGUUGCAGGAAAGAUUGUUUAAAAUUAAUGAAAUACCUCUUAGAACAAUUGAAAAGGAAUUACGAAGGCCAUGAGGAAAUGGAGAAGUUCUGUUCUUACCACAUGAAAACGGCCUUCUUCCACAUGUGCUCAGAGUUCCCUUACGACCAACAGUGGAAAGUCAGCAACUUAGAACUCUGUUUUGAGAACUUUGUGAAGUACUUUCUUCAGUGCCUCAAGACAAAUCAGCUUCCCCAUUAUUUUAUUCCUGACUUCAAUCUUUUCUCUGAAGAGCUCAUCAACAAAGAAAGUAGUGACUUUCUUCAGAAGAUGAUUGAACAUGAAAUAAACAAUGGAUUUCCGAUUUUUAAAUUGAAAAUUUGA